GAUGAAUCUCCGUCUCAUCAUCUUCGCCACGCUCCUCAUGGCCCUAGUCCCGACCUCAAACACAAUUACUGCCGAAUCUCAAAACGAGCACCUGCCACUCAAUAUGAGAGAAUUCCCGAUUAUCUCCACGAGACCACGAGUGCCAAUCAGCAUGCGGACCUAUGUCUCACGAGAGAACGCAAGGCGUGCACAACUCUCCUCGGAAGCAGCAGGAGGUCUUGUAGUUGGCGGUAUUGCAGGGUGUUUUAUCCUAGUCUGUAUCGCUAUAGGCUUGUGUCGCCAUAUUUUCGGUUGGAAAUAGCGUGUGUGAUGUACGAAGUUGCGCAAGUAUGAGUAGCUCGCGGGCGAGCAUUCAAGCAUAACGCUAUUUAGAAAUUG